UUUCAUUUGAUAAGACUUGGUUAUAUGUGCUUGUUGCAUGUCAGGUAUAGUUCUUAUUGGUGAGAUCGGUGGUACUGCAGAAGAAGAUGCUGCAGCCUUGAUAAAGGAAAGUGGAACUCAAAAGCCUGUUGUUGCAUUUAUUGCUGGACUAACUGCUCCCCCUGGACGGCGAAUGGGUCAUGCUGGAGCCAUUGUAUCUGGUGGAAAGGGAACAGCACAGGACAAAAUCAAGGCUCUCAAGGAAGCUGGGGUUACAGUAUGCGAGUCUCCUGCAAAAAUCGGGGUCACAAUGCUUGAUGUGUUCAAACAGAGGGGUCUUGCAUAAGCAAGCGGCAUACAAUUCAUUUGGCAAUUUUUCUUUUUGUGCAGACAUGUGCUAAAAAAAUGUGUAGUUACCCUCAAAACUCAUAUUUAGCCGAGAAUAACAAAAGAGAAUACUUUGAAUCUCCAUUUGUUUUUCCAAGCAUCAUUCAGAAGCUCCAAAAAGUUCUCCUUGUUGACUUUUCA